AUGACGCCCCGUAGGGAACCCGAUCACCCAGUUCUUCCUCAGGCCACGGUGGUCGCACAGUUUCGCGACUAUCACCUUGAGAAAUUUUCCGGGCUGGGAGACCCCCGUAUCGUGGACGAGUGGAUUCAGGGCCUUGAAUUUAUUUUCGAG